AUGGGAGGCAACUCGGCCCCACCCUCGAACAGCCGCAACAAAUCGGCGAAAUCGCAGAUUUCGUUGGUACUGAGCUGUAUACUAGCUCUUAUAUUUGCAUUUGGUUAUUUAGUGUAUGGAGUGGGUUGGUUGGGAGGAGGAAUGAGUUUAGCGGAGGAUGCCGCCACGGAGAUGAAAGCACAACAAGCCAAGGAGACAUUCACAAUAAGACACUUGUUUCACCAUAAUACUGGUGAGAAACAUUUGACUCAUAGAAGACUAGAUUUGACACCAGAAUUACUAGAAUCGGAGGCCUUUUCUACCAGCAAUGUCGAGACAAUCGCACAAUAUGGUGCAGAGGAAGAAGAUCAAACGGCUCUUUCGUUGUGGUUUGCAGAUCAAUCGCCAUGGUCGAAGCCGUUGAGUCUCAAAUCGGAUUCCAUGACUAUUAUGAGACUGGUAGAGCGGGCACCCGACUUUGUUGAGUCGUAUUUGGCAUAUGCAUUAGAAGUUGGCAGCCAAGGAAUCGCAGGUAUACAUUUGGAUUGGGCGGAAGAGGAGGACGUGCCGAUUCCGAAUGUCACGGACAAACAGACGGUGGUGAGUCUGGCAUUAAUGGCUUCCAAUGCUUAUGUCAAGAUUCCUGGGAAAGGUGACUGGCAGGAUGUGGGACAGCAGUGGAAUGACACAGAUGGGUUUGGAUGGAUGGAUGACGGCAUACGAGGUCAUGUUUUCGCGAAUGAAGACAACUCCACAAUUGUUGUGGCUAUCAAGGGAACCAGUGCCACUGGACUGACAGGAGGGACAGAUAGUGAGACUUCUAUCAGUGACAAAGUGAACGACAACCUGCUGUUUUCUUGCUGUUGUGCACGAGUUUCAUACAUGUGGCAGACCGUUUGUGACUGUUACGAAUCGUCAUAUACAUGCAAUCAGAAAUGUCUGGAGAAGGAGAUGAAGCGGGAAGAUCGAUACUACCGUGCUGCAAUGGACAUAUACAGAAACGUGAGUUCUCUGUAUCCGGACGCAAAUAUCUGGCUGACGGGCCAUUCACUCGGUGGUGCCCUUAGCAGUCUUGUAGGGAGAACCUAUGGGUUGCCAACAGUGACAUUCCAGGCCCCGGGCGAGCUUCUUGCUACUCGCAGACUUCAUCUUCCAAUGCCGCCCGGAAUACCUACCAGGAUGGAGCAUAUUUGGCACUUUGGUCACACUGCAGACCCGAUUUUCAUGGGGGUGUGUAAUGGAGCGAGCUCUACAUGUGCAGUUGCCGGCUACGCAAUGGAAACUCAAUGCCAUUCUGGAAAGGUUUGCGUUUAUGAUGUCGUGACAGAUCUUGGCUGGCACGUUUCAAUCACCAACCACAGGAUACACACGGUGAUAGACAACGUCCUGCUUGAGUACAACACAACUGCGCAAUGCGUAAUUCCUCCGCCAUGCCACGACUGCUAUAACUGGAACUUUAUCGUUGGCGACGAAGACCAGAAGAAGAAAACAACCACCACCAGACACACAUCCACCUCUUCGACAAGCAGUGAGUCUGCGACGCCAACGGACCCAGCUGAUUGCCUGAAAAGAACUUGGUAUGGUCGUUGCAUCAAAUGGGCAGACGGUAAGUCUUCUAGAGAGAAACCGUCGGCUACUUCUACAUCAAAUACCAAAACAUCGAAUCCCUCCAGUGCUCUGCACAAGAAUUCGACUCUGGUGACUAGAACUAUCACGAAGAGCUCCUCGGUGAUAAUAGCCCCCACAGCCACUUCGCAUACUCCAGACUAUCCUGAUUCUCCCAAGAAAUGCGUUGAAUACAGUUGGUUAGGUUACUGCAAAAGGUAUGAGGGCGAUGAAUAA